AACAAUAGCUCAUUGGUUUAAUGUUGGGCUCUAAUAAAUAAUAAAAAACCACACAGAGAGAAGACACGGCGGAACCCGUGGCUUUUAUUUUGAUAAGGUGGACUGAAGUUGGAGGGAAGGCGUCGCUCUUGGUGCAGCUGCAGCAGCAGAGCGAAGACCGCAGACUGCAGACGAACGCUGAGCGUGUUUAUCUUCCGUCCUCAGUCGACUUCAUUCACUCUACUGACCCGUCGGGGAAACCUCAUUCAGCACAGAAACAGGACUUUAAUAAGAUUUUUCCUGCAUUUAAUAAAAGUUUAAAAUAUGCUGCUGCGCUCAAACUGCGCAGGGAGAAGCGGGCAGGCUUAGAAUAAACUCGUCUAAAGUUUGAGUCGACUCCAGAGGGGAGGAAAGAAAAAGCCCUUUGCCACUUCUCCUUCACGUUCUUCUAAACCUCCCUGAAACUUCUCAAUGGAAGCCUCAGGAAAGUAUGACUUUAUCGCAACAGAGGACGAGGAGCUCAGCUUCAGAAAGGGUGAUUUACUAAAGAUUAUAAACGUUGAAGGUGAUUGGUGUAAGGCGGAGAUGAAUGGACGGGAAGGAUUUGUACCACAUAACUACAUCGAUUUCCAGAUUCCGGGGUGGUUUAAGGAGGACGCCAGUCGCAGUGCUGCAGAGGACAUACUCAAGUCCAAAACUGUCGGGGAGUUUCUGAUCCGAGGGUGCCAAACCUCCCUGGGGGAUUUCUCCAUUUCUGUCAAACAUGAGAAUGACGUCCAGCACUUCAGAGUGAUGAGGGACAACAAAGGCCAGUACUUCCUGUGGCAGGAGAAGUUCACCUCCCUCAACAAGCUGGUGGAGUUCUACAAAACCAACACCAUCUCUAAAAGCAGGGUGAUUUACCUCAACGAUGGCAGCCUCAACGACAGCAAAGGGUUCCCCUCCCCAUCCCAGCCGGUGAAGAGGGGGAGUUUGCCUGAGCAACGUACAACACCAGCUUUCAAUACGGCUCCACGCCGAUCUUCAGACCAGAGUACCAGCUCGAUGGGCAGAAGACCCGAGCUGGAGGCGCGAGCGCAUACAAUCGGCCACACAGGAAGAAACAGUCCUUCUACUUCGGCUCAGCCUCUGAGACGCACCUCUGAAACCUUGCCUCUGCCUCAGAGACCAUCCACGCUGCAGGUGAGGGCACUCUACAAAUUCACCGCAGAGGAAGACGACGAGCUCGAAUUUUCCGCCGGCGACAUCAUCGACGUGCUGGAUAACUCCGAUGCGUCGUGGUGGAAAGGCAGGCUGAGAGGAUCGACUGGGCUGUUUCCCGCAAACUACACAGAGCAGCUGUAAGGAAACGCCACAGGCGAUGAUUUUAAAACGCCUGCGUGCAUUCAGACUCGAUCUGCGGCUGCGUCAGCUCUUGAUGGGUUUCUGAACGUGAACCAGCAGGCUUCUGUAUGUGCUGCGUGUCAGCCUCCUACCAGAGGACUGAGGCAGUGCAGCUUUAUUUACAAAGGAGCAGAGACACCUGCAGGAACUUCCUACAGCUCCCACAUGUUCACCUGGCACACAGGAAAUGCUGCAAAUGAUGCCUGAGGAUGUUGUUUGUAUCAUGACGUGUCAGUAAGCAUGUUGUCUGAAUGCUUGCUGGCCAGGCUGCUGAUGAAUGGACUGUCUGCUCACUUUUGACACAUUUUUAUCAAAAAAUGUUAUUGACUUUUUAAAUAAACUUUUUUUUAUCACCA